CUUUCCCUCUAUCGACCUCUCUUUCUCGUUUCGCUUUUCUCUCGUUCUUUUUCAUCUUCUAUUUGAAAACCACCGUCUCUCCCCGCUCGUUUUGCUUGGACGUUUGGGUGAUCUCCCACCCGGCAUAUUUGCAGCUGCUACGCAGAGUCGGUGUCGUUCUUUCACCGUGCGUGUGCCUUCAAUUUUUUCUUUUUUCUUUUUUCUUCAUAUUACACCUAGUUGCUAAACUGUUUUCCCUUUCUUCUGUUUCCUGCUUCCGUUGGGAUAAUUUUUUCGUUCGCCUUUUUAUACGUAUAUGAUGCACCGCCACUGAACGUGGGUGGCAUGACAGAAGAAUUAGCGAAGUUCGCCCUCUUCGUUUUGGAGCAUCAUGGAUGUAUCGAAUAACUUACCGGUUGUUGUGUGCACCGAUAUGCUUGUUAUGAUACUUAUUGAACUCGUAUCUUUUAUUUUUAACCGGAGAGGAUAUCUUUUUCCGCUUUCUAUGUCCAGCGUUUUGUAACGUAUUUUUCUUGGUUCGCGAACGUAGUAUCGACAGGCGAUCAUAUAAUUGUUGGACAGAAUUACUCGUGCCGGUAAUCGCUGUCAAUUAUUUUAUAGACAAACGAUAUGACGCGGCGGGUCGGUUAUGCGCAAGUAUUCACCUGAUCAUGCCGAUAUGCGCCUUUAUUGGAGCAGCAGUGUGUCAGGCUGCGCACGGCGCUUCUAGUCGCCAUAUUUUACGGUUCAACUGCGAAUACAAUUGUUCAUGAUACAAUUUGAAUAAACUCGAUCGAAGCUAAGAGGUGAAUCACGAAGAAUCGUGACCGAGUAAAGUUUACCUUUACUGUUGCAUAGGAACGCAACGUACACGACUCUCGGUGCAUUACGAAACAAUUACGAUCAAUCUCUUUGUUUUGUUUAUUCAAAUCGCCAGGCGAGUAUCUGUAGAUCAUGCAGUAUAACGUUACAUCGAGCCGGCGUCGAUUACGCUGCGUUUGCCAAACAGGCUGGCAUGGUCGAUAACGGCACGGUUGGAAACGCGACGUGGUCGCGGUGUGUCCGCGUUCAUUCCCGCUGAACACGGUGUCUACGAUCACGUAGCAACGCGCUGCGAUCGACGUAUUUGCGAACCUCCUGCGUCUGGCAACGUUAAAACUGUUGCGAAUUCCGCGCACCGAUCACGGGACAACGCAACGCGGUCUCUUGUUGUUCCUUGAGUCUACAGAGUACGAUGCGCUCGUGAUUUCGAAUCACGAUUAAAUUAAAGAUUUUUAGAACCACCUGUACAUACAGAGGGAAAGUGCACAAUUUCAAAGUUUAAUUUGCAUUAUUUCACCGAUCGUUCUAUUUAUAGCGAAAUCGAGCCACGCGUUUGUUCGCGCGCGGUUAUCGGAAUACCUCCUACAACCGGUUUCAACCGAUCACCGGUUUCUCGGCGACGUUAUUAUAAAUCCGGCGCGGUCGACGCGCGCCUGUAUCACCGCAUUGAAAAUGCGGCGACGACCUGCCGUCCAACAAGGACGUGUCGCGCCACACAUACAUAGGCGAAGAGGAAAAGGAGGCGAUCCGCCGCGUACCCGCGCGCCGGUUCCGUCGUCUUUCAGCUCUCUUGCCGUUGUAGAUUUGGCAACACUGCGGCAUAGCAGCGGCAUAGAUUCCGCUCCGCAACCGCAACCGCACGCCAGCCUACCGCCAUGAUGCCAAACCAAGCUGGCCGUACAACGGUUUCUCCGCAGUGACGCGCAAGCCGCCGGGGACGGCGUAGCAAGUACGAUCGAAUCGCUUGCGAGCAAAACGUUCCGUCCACGAUCAUUUUUCUAAUUCUUCUUUCACCGUCCUCCGUAUUUUCAACGUUAUAUCUCGAUCGAUGUUUUUGCGUUUCACGGAUUUCGUUAUUCGUUCACCGGGAACAUUGGUUGGCUCUCCUUGCGUUUCUCUGCACGCUCGGAUUAAUCUGAAUCGAUACCCGCCUAUCUUGGUCGACAGUUGGAAAACAAUCGGACUCUUUGACCGAGCCACCAUCAUCCCCUAGCUAUUCGGAUUUAAAUCACUCCGAUUGUCUCUUCUUCGUCACGCGUACAUCGUAUUUGUUGAAAGACUGAAGAAGAAGAAUUAAAAGGGGUAAAAGGGUAUUGAGGGUUGUUUUAAUUUUCGAACGGUGCAAUAUGUUCGAUACGGAAAAGUUUAUCGAAGAAAUCGAGAAACGACCGGCGAUUUACGAUGUGAAUCGUAGCGAGUACAACGACCGUAACGCCAAGAUGACCGCGUGGGACGAGGUCUGCCAGGUGAUGGUACCGAAUUGGGCGCGCUUGACGGACGAGGAGAGAAACGUAGAAGAGAAAAAUUUACGGGGUAAAUGGAGAAAUAUUCGAGAUUAUUUCAUGAAAGAGCUGAAACUUCAGAAGUCGCAGAAAUUAGGACCAGCUGGUCGAAAACGAAAGAAAUACAUGUAUUUCGAUCAGCUGUUGUUUCUAAUGCCCACUGUGGAGAAUAAACGAAACGUAGGAGCAACGUUAAAUAAUUGCAAAUCCGAAGAAAGCGAGGGUGAAGUUGACAAUCCUGUGAUCGAAGAAUACGACGUACCAUUGGCACACGCCGCUCCCUCCAUAACGACGGGCAGGGAGUACCUUCAACCGGGUGCUUCCUAUAAAAUGUAUCCCCGUUAUCCAAAGCAGCUUUGCGAGACGUCGUUCACGUCGUUCGAUAAUGAAAUUCACGAUAUCUUGUCGUCGCAUAGCAGCCAACGAGUUACGUACGACGAGGACGACUACGACAAAAUGUUUCUGCUCUCCUUGUUGCCGAUCAUUCGGCAAGUACCGGAAGAGAAGAAAUUGGACGUCAGGAUACAGAUGCAACAAGUCCUGGCUCUGGCGCUUCGUCCACCGGACAACAAGCAAUGAUCAUUUUAUACUUCUCUGGACUCGAGUUUAAGCGUUAAUUCGUAAACGAAAGACGUUAUCACGAAAAAAAGAUACGACGUGUGGCGAAAUGAGCCGUGUUUCACAUAUUUUUGUUUUCUCUUUGGUGUGCAGAAGUCAACCGCACUUCGGCCGAGUUAAUCUUCAGGAUUGCUAAUAAUACCGUGGACUGCGGAUUUGUUUACGUCGUAAACGCGAUAAUGUUUCAGAACUUUUCAGAGGUAACCUUCCACGGUAAUUUAACGACUUGACAGGUUGAUGGCCACGGUAGUCAUUAAAACUAUGAACCAAGAAAUCAUGAUGCAAAAUUGCAAUAGUGAUUGGAAAAUUUAUGCGUUUUAAUCGAGGCAUUAUUGUGUCCUGCUCCGCCAUUCGAGGAUUAAUAUCCUUAGCAUUUCUUACGAUGGUAUGUCGUACCCAGCAUGGCUGCUUCUACUAUGGCAAUCAACGUGUUCAAGAAUUGCAACUUUGAGUACCUAUACCUGUGAUAUUGAGCGAGGAUACUACUUUCAAUGUAUGCAGAAACAGAAAUAGGAUUUUUAACAAGUUGAUGUUACUGUGUUAAUAGGAAGCGUGAUAUAGUCGUGUUUUACGUGCAUAUGUAUUUUCAUAACUUGGAAUAUAAAUGGUAAUAUUUUAUUGAUACGUGUCCAACAGAAGCAAGCGUGAAAUUGCUGUGAAUAAUUAUAUAAAAAUUAUAUUAUCAGUAAUGUUACUUUUAGUCGAUACAAGAUUCGUUCGCGUUUAGGGAUGUGUAGGCAGGUGGCAGCACCGGUACCUUACUUUUGAAGUUUCCGCUUUCUGUAUGAUACAAGGUAAUUAAGAAUGUAUGUAAGUACUUAAUUUAGAAACUUAAGAUGUAACAUGUCUACUUAAUUUCAUACUUAAUUAUUAUUCUACUUACACUAGUAUUUCUGAUUAUUUACUCGUUUUGUAUUCAUGGAUUGUUUGAAAUAAAAUUAUUAACAAACAUCAUGAUACGAUAAUCGUUUGUAUUAUAAAAUUUCAGUUCAGUAUAAAUAGAGGAAAAAGAAACGAAAGAAAAUUGUAAGUAACAUUAAUAAUUCCCCGAGGUAAAAAAGGGAAAACAUUAAUUAACAAUUGAAACAAUCUCAUUCUGAAUAAGAACAAUUAUAGCGUGUCCGACUACGCAUGGCUAUUUCUACUGUAGUAGUCGACGCCGUCGAAUGUUCAUAAUCUUCAUUUUCAAGCGGGUACAUGUUUUUCUAUGCAAGAACGAGUUAAACGUUUAAAUAUAGUCAACACAAGUCGUGUUUAGCUUAAAUCGUUAUUCUAUUUUUGUUUUUUAUUAAAACACUUGUUCCUAAUCUCGAAAGCGUACAGGAAGUAACGCUGUACCAUGGAAUCAGAACGAAGCAUGUGCUUCCCCGGAUGCUAUCUCGUUUGUCACUUUAUUUUUACCGUAACGCAAACUGGAUUUAAUUAUCUUUUCUCGUAUCCUCUCGUACGUGACGUUUCGUUGUAGCACGGCAUAAAACAGUAUUCACGCGAGACAUCUAAUUAUAACAGAUAAUGAGUUUUACCCAGAAUCCAAAUUCACGAUGUUGUAGUUUUAGUAAAAUGAACAAAGAUGAUGGAGAGAGAUUCAUAGCACCAAAUACGAAGCAUUCGCGUCGUUGUUGCAAUGAUUGCACAAUGGUAAAUAUCGGUUUAGAAAUUCGGAAAUGUAAAAGACUAUGGUUCACCACAACUAUUGUUGUAAACCAACUUCGAAUGAAAUUUUCACCCGAAUGUACCGAGUAAAUUGAAUUUCUAUUUUUGAAGUGUGCAUUAUUAACCGAUGCGCAUGCCAAUUAGUUACUGCCCCUGAUCCAUUUUCCACGCAUUUAAAUACAAAUUACCAUUGAUUUUCCAUAUAUGUAAAUCGCAAAAACAUCACGGACACCUUCGACCCAAAAUAUUCGGACGAUUUCAUUUUAUGGUGAAACACAACGAACCCGCAAGAAAUCUCGUCACCCGUCAACGUUUCCUUUGUUAUCGAGCAUUUACGACCGAACGUCGAAACAAUAGAGAUGCAUCGUUUUUGCACACCAUUGUCUCGUUUUUUUUUUGUACAAUUUUUGAUUCUCAAAGUGAAUGACAUAGAAAAGAGACGAGCAAACAGCAGAUAUCUGUGCUGUUGGUAACAAAGAAUAUCUCAGUAUAUUCGUAUAAUAACACGAAAAUAAAUUAUUUUAAUUUCGAUUCACUUGUACUUUUACUGAUAAAUUGCAAAUGGAUGUGAUCAGCAAGAUACGUUAUGAUUGUAAUUAUUCAGAAUACGAUUCAAGUACUUAAUUCA